AUGGAGUUGAUGUGUGGCGAGGCAGCUGGCAUCAAGAGGGCUUUAGUAGAUCCCCACCUCCUGCACGACAAGAGGGUUUUGUCCAACUUGCUGAGCUUGGAGGAGCGCUACGUGCCCAGGGCGUCGUACUUCAAGUGCGGCGUGCAGACCGACAUCCAGCCCUUCAUGAGAAGGACGCUCGCCACGUGGAUGCUGGAGGUAUGUGAAGACCAGCGGUGCGAAGAGGAGGUCUUCACCUUGGCAAUGAAUUAUUUGGACCGGUAUUUGGCCGUGAUGCCCACCAAAAAAAACCACCUUCAAUUGCUCGGAGCCGCGUGCAUGUUCCUGGCUUCCAAGCUCCGAGAAACGAUCCACCUGACCGCCGAAAAGCUGUGCACCUACACGGACAACUCCAUCAGACUCCAAGAGCUGCUGGACAUGGAGCGACUGGUGCUGUGCCGGCUGAGAUGGGACUUGGCUGCCGUAACGCCGCACGACUUCUUGGAGCACAUCCUCAGCGAGCUGCCCGUGCCGGCCGAGAAGCUUCAGCUCCUCCGCAAGCACACGUACACCUUCAUCGCCCUCUGUGCACCGGACUUCACGUUCGCCACGUACCCGCCCUCCAUGAUCGCCGCAGCCAGCGUGGGAGCAGCCGUGCGGGGCGCGCGGCUCGGUCGGAAGGACGAGCGCCUGUCGGUUGCCCCGCUCGCCGAGACCCUCGCCAAGAUCGUCAACAGCGACGCGCUCUGCCUGCUGGCCUGCCAGGACCAGCUGGAGGGCGUUCUGGGGGCGAGCCUCCCGCAGGCUCAACAGCUGCAGCAGCAGCAGGGCUCCCCGCAGUCACCGAGUGGCGUGGACGAGCUCGACGUGGCCGGCACCCCCACGGACGUACGGGACGUCGCGCUCUGA